AUGGAUCCUUUGCCUUACGAUCUUCUCAAGGCCAUCGUUGACAGAGUAUCUCGACGCUCGGACCAACUACGGAUUCGAUCAUCAAACAGAGAUCUCUGUACUUUGGCCACGCCACGCGCAUUUCAGCACAUUAGGAUCAGGAAUACCCUCACAAGUGCUAUGAGAUUCAGUGAAGUCUUGCGGCACGGGUACUUAGCCAAGUAUAUUGAAGCAAUCUCGUUCCAAGAGUUCCCUGUGAUCGAUCUCGGUUCGAAGGAAGAGGGGCGCAUGCUGGACUCCCUCGCGUAUUCGUUCUCACAACUCCACAAACUUCCUGUACUCAGAGCUCUGUCAUUGUGGUUCGAUCUCCAGCACCAUCUCCCUACAGCACAACUCCAAUGCGCGAUCCUGGCUGCUAUCACCGGUCAAACACGGCCUCUCUUCUUGACUUCUCUUACUAUUCUUCAUCUUGCUCCCAUUCCCGACCCGACCUAUACAAGUCCAUCAUUUCAGAAUCUCGUGGACUCGCUAAACAGUCUGCGUAUCACGAUUGGCCCCAAUCGCAAUCGUAUCUCCCAGUUUCCUUUUAGGGAUUUCUGGGAGCGGACAAUGCAAUAUCAAGUCCUGAACCCACUCAGCUCUCUCUCCCAAUCCCUCACGUCGCUCAGUCUUCAAAGCAGUGAGGACGUCGGCAUUAUUCCUAGGGUGGACUUCUCGCAGUUGACCCUUCCCUCACUCGCAAACCUCUCUUUGGAAGGGAUUCUUUUCAACGAGGAUACCCAAGUCGAGGACUUCAUCGUCCGUCACAAAUGCACGCUGAAGGCGCUACAUCUGACAGAGUGCAAAAUAGCAAUCAACGAAGAAGAACUGCCUCCGCAUCCGUGGCGGGAGAUCUGGACUCGUUUUGCUGACGAACUAGACGCGUUGGUGGAACUUGAAGUAGUACAGUGCGUGUCGCCGUACAGUGCUAGGGCCCACCGGGUUCCCCGGUAUAGGCCAAGGCAUUACACGAGACUAGACGUCUUCAUGGAGUAUCAUUCAUACAGAGUCAUCCAUACGUUGAUUCCAGGAGAGGAAGGCGAUGAUGAGGCUCUGCUCGAGCUUGAGAGCUUAGUGGCGAGACGUCGUGCUUUUCUGGGGAUGCCACCAUAG